AUGGCGUUGGAAGAGAUCUUUGUUACCGGUGCCACAGAGUGUAUGAAAAAAUUGGUCUCUGUUGCUUCCAAAACAAUUGGUAUGGCUGGAGUUGCAGAUAAAGAUUUGCAAAAGCUUAGAAAUACUUUGGAGAUGAUCGCGGCUGUAACAUCUGAUGCGGAAAUGAAGCAGGUGAAAGACCAAGUUGUGCGACUCUGGUUAAGAAGGCUCCAGAACAUUGCGUAUGAUAUUGAUGACGUUUUGGAUGAAAUGUCCUAUGAAGCCACACGACGUCUCUCUAUAAAAUGUGGAAAUCUAGAAAAGGUACGUCGCCUUUUCAUAGACAAAUUUGAUUUCAAAAUGGUUAAAAGGUUCAAAUCUGUUAAUGAAGAAUUAGAUGAUAUUGCCAAGCAAAAGGAAAUGUUCUUUUUGGAGCAUGGUGAUGAUAAUCAAAAUACUGAGAAACUAGACCGAAUGACAACAUCCUUUGUAGAUGAUUUUGCAAAUUUUGAGAGAGAAAACGAUAGAUCUCGUAUAGUAAAGAAGUUAUUGAUGACGGAUCCUUCUUCGUCAUCUUCUGAAAAAUUUAGUCCAUCCGUCAUUUCAAUAGUGGGUAUGGGGGGACUUGGGAAAACAACCCUCGCUCAAUUGGUAUACAAAGACCACUCUAUGGAGAGAAGCUUUGAGCCAAGAGCGUGGCUCUGUAUUUCUGACAACUUCGAUAUCAUUCUAAUUCUUAAAAAUAUUCUCGAGUCUAUUACUGGAAAAAACUGUGAUCUGUCUAAUGUCGAUGUAUUGGUUAGAAAAGUUCGUGAAGAGAUUAGUGGGACGAAAUAUCUGUUGGUAUUAGACGAUCUGUGGAACGAAAAUGCUGAAGACUGGGAGAAACUUAGGGAUAUAUUAAGAGGCACAAUUCCACCUUACAACCUGACAACCUUAACGGAUCAAGAAUGCUGGUCUAUCGUUGAGAAAAGAGCUUUUUCUCCAGGCGGAGCAGUCAAGACUCCAAAUAAGUUAAUUAUUGGAGACGAGAUCGCGAGACUUGCAGCUAAAUUUCUCGGAAGUCUUUUGCGCUUGAAAAAUGACGAGUCUGAUUGGUUGGCCAUUAGAGACAAUGACGUUUUCAAUACACCAGAAAACCCAAACAGCAUAAUUCAAAUUUUAAAAAUGAGUUAUGACAACUUACCCUCCCAUUUGAAACGGUGUUUCUCAUAUUGUUGUUUAUUUCCCAAAGAUGGGAGAUAUCAAAGAGAAACAUUGAUUCAAUUGUGGAUGGCUGAAGGAUUCCUUCAUCCAUCUAAUGGAGGCGGAAAUCAGAACUUACCAGAAGAUAUUGGUAACCAUUACUUCUGUAGCUUGUUAUCAAAUUCCUUUUUUCAAGAUGUGGAAUAUGACCAGCUAGGUAAUGUUAAUGAGCUCAAAAUGCAUGAUUUAGUACAUGAUCUUGCACAAAGUGUUGUUGACCGUCAUGAAGUGAUUGUUUCUCCAAUUCAGAUGAUGAUUUCACCCGUUCCUGAAGAAACUAAAGUAACGUCACCAGAUCUCAAAUCAUCUAUGGAGUCUAUAGAGAUUCUUGAUUCUUAUUUUCUUGUUUCUCCAAAAGCAGAUGAUCAGUUGCAGAAUCUUGAGUUCCCUGAUGAUUCAACUUUCGUUGCUUCAUUGGAAGUCAUCAACAGCAGCGUCAACGUUUCGCCUAAUGAAUCUGCAGAAUCAGAAGCUAAAAUUUUGAUAUAUAAUGAAAAGAUAGGUGAUUUACUUGAUCCCACGCAGCGAAACCUUAAGGUGGAUAUGUUCGGCCAGUUAGUCACUCUCUUAAGCUUUCUUUUAGAAGACUAUGGAUUCGAUGGAUUCGUCAGACGUGUCUUCAUCUCAGAUGGAUUCGAUGAUCUUCUUCCGAAGUACCUGAACUUUUUGAUGGGAAACACAUUAGGAAGUUGGUUAAAGAUGGAUUCAUCAGCUGCAAACCAAACCACAUUCACUCUCGAUCUAUGA